AUGGGUGGCAUCUUCUCUGGCGAGAUCAUCGCCGAGCUGCCAGAAGAUGCUACGAGGCACACGGCGGAGCUGCUUGGGCAGACCGCCGGCGAGAGGCAAGAGGAAUCUGGAUCAAGUCUUCCCUCGCGCAGCCAGCCAGAGCUGUCCUAUCGAAAGCUCUGGUGCUGCCUCAACUUACCUCGUGAGGACAUCGGAUGGCAUGGCCUACAUGUUCCCAUCCAGGUGAACAGCCUGCAGCCAACCAG